UACUGUUUUAGUUCGUAAGUGACAAUGACAAUUAGGUGUUUGCUCGCUUGCAGCGAACAGCUCACAAUUUUCGUCGUAGUAAGACUAAUAGACUUUCACGUAACGUAAACGUAGCUAUAAGUUUGCGGGGUUUUCCGGAUUUUGUUGUCUUGCCGAGUGCAUGUGUGAUGGUAUUUGCAGCCAAUUUUCAGAAGGAAAUGAGCGAAAUUUCGUCGAGCUGAUGAUAAUUGUUCAAUAAUAAUGCGUUAGCCAUGUUGUCGCUGUGAUGUAAAGUCGUACCUCAAUACACUGCACGCGUCCAAGUGACAUGCUUUUAAGCGGCCGAUUCAAAUUCUUUAGUUUGGUGCAGUUUAUCGUAAUGUAUAUGGGAUUAUUUCGGAAUCUGCCGGCAAUCUGUGGUGCUCCGGAGAUGCGUAGCGGUGGCAAUAACCUUAUAGAGCAUCAGGUUACAUCUGACGAAGCCAAACAAGCCGUAAAGGAUAUCGAACCGGAUAAAAUGAUUACAGUCGGAUGCAAAUCGUGCAGCCGAGUGGACAUACAAUACUGUCUUUCUGAUGAUGUGAUAUCGGAUCACUGCUGCUGUGAUAGAAAAUUUAAAGAAAGGUUCCCAUAUAUAGAACAUACUUGUACCUUGGAAGAUUCUCCAUGUCAGCCGGUUGCUCGAGACUGCAGCGAAUAUACUCGUAUUGUGGACUGUUGCUGUAAUCAACAAUUGGCGAGUAAAUGGAAAGCGAAUUACCUGAAAUCGUGUGCGAGUAGACCUCAAGCACCUCCUAUUUACGAGUCGAUUCUUUCUUCUUAUAAUUUAUUGGUGCAAUAUAUAAAUGUGAUAUUCGCUUGAAUAUCUUUUCCAAUGUAGGUAAUUUGCUUAUUGUUGCGUCAAAAGAGUGCUUCAUCCUCCCAUUCACACCAGCACGCAGUGGACAUUGAACAUCGAAGCAAAUAUGCAAUUGACUGACCAGUGAACCCAUCAUCUCCGGUGCUGGAAAUAAAGAAAACAACCAUAAGUAUACCUAUCGGCUAGAGAGGCUAGUAAAUGUACAUUGUACUAUGUAUGCUGUAGUAGUGUAUGCAAUUCGAAGAAAGUGCUUCCACAAAUUAUAAACCGUAAAAAAAUACAAAACAUGUACUUAUAGUAA